UAGAAAAUGUUGUCUCUCACUCAUCUAUGUUCCUUCCUAUAGAGAAACAAUUUUAAGAAAUUCCAAUCUGGAUUUAAAAGCAUUUCAUACCACAGAUAAAGCACUUACAAAAGUUAUUUAAUACUAAUAAUACGGUUUUUGAGGGGUCACCGCACGCCAGUCGCUUGAAGGUGUUACCAGUGUACAACUGUCCAAUAAGAGGACCUGUAACAAAGGAUGGAGCAACGUCUCUGUUUUGAUUGGUUAAGAGGCCGAGCUGGGAUGAUGGACGCGCCCUGGCGAAUGCGAGCUGACAUUCAUACUCAGCAAAACGUUCACGCGUAUCGCGUGAUUCAGGGGAUUACUGAACAUACGUAUCUGCUUCCUUACUGUGUGUUUAGAAAGUAAUAUUUAUGAGUUAUCCUGACGAGUGCUUUAUCAGUACAUUGUUAUAUUCACUGGCUUUGAAAGGCCCGAAGUUUCUUGUUUAAAGUCAUACUGUACAUCACCUGUUUCCGGGUAACGUUAAUUCAACGAUCCACGAAACAUGGAUUUCAUUCUCGGUGGCGUCGCUGCGUGUGGUGCCUGCUUCUUUACAAACCCUCUGGAGGUUGUGAAAACUAGAAUGCAAUUGCAAGGAGAGCUGAAAAGUCGAGGAACAUACCAAGUGUAUUACAGGAAUGUAUUUCAUGCCUUUUACACGAUAGGCAAAAUAGAUGGACUGGCUGGUCUGCAGAAAGGUUUGGUUCCCGGAUUGGUUUAUCAAUUUUUUAUGAAUGGGGUCCGGCUUGGUUCGUACGCCCUCACCGAGUCCUUGGGCUACAUUCACACGGACGGAAGGGUUAGCGCUACGAAGAGCACAGUGUCUGGGGCCAUUGCUGGUGUUGUGGGCGCUGUAAUGGGCAGCCCGAUUUACCUAGUAAAAACACAUCUUCAAAGUCAGUCCACUUCCUCUAUUGCAGUUGGACACCAGUAUAAGCACAGGCAUGGAAUUUUGGGCUUGUGGAGGGGAGCAAGUGCAGCGAUCCCAAGGGUUAGUGUGGGAUCAGCUGCUCAACUCGCUACUUUCUCUGCCUCUAAAGAGAUGGUCAAUGACUUGCAGGUGUUCUCUGAGGGCAGCUGGUUAAUUGCUCUCAGUGCCGGUAUGAUUAGUAGUGUAGUGGUUGUACUAGCUAUGACUCCUUUUGAUGUGGUCAGUACUCGACUCUACAACCAGCCUGUGGACCAUCUUGGCAAGGGAAUGUUGUACAGAGGUUUUGUGGACUGUUUCUCUAAGACACUGAAGAAGGAAGGUAUGACUGGUUUGUAUAAAGGCCUUGGAGCAUCCUACUUCCGCCUCGGACCUCAUACCAUCCUUUCUCUGCUUUUCUGGAACGAGCUUCGCUGUUUGCACCAAAGCUACAGCUAGAAUUUCCCUAUUGACUACAUCAGUAAAAUAUCAACUUUAACUUUAACUUACUGAUUAAGGUCCAAAAAACCCUUGCUAUAUUGUAAAUGUAGUUCAGGCAUGUGAGCAGCUGAGGACAAAAAA